GAGGGUCGUUUCGCCACGCGCUCGCGCUCCCCGCAAUGUUUUGUCAGCGAGUGUGCAGCGGCUACGCCUCUGCUCGGACCACUUCACAAAAAGGAACUACGUCAACCCAACGAAACCAAGACUGCCGUGGUCGGCUGUGUCGACUGUUGGAGUAGAAGAGCAGUGCCUGAUCGAUGAAGACUCCAACCGAAGACCCGAUUGCGGUGCUUGCCUGUUGGCUGGACCAUCUGGCCUAGCUGCAGGCGGCAGUGGGAAGGUGCGUUUGGCACCGCCGGAAUCAUUCGGCCAGGAAAGACAGCGCGGAAUGUGGGUCUUAGGCAUCACCAUGGCAGCCUUCAUUCAAGCUUUUGCGGCGUUCGCAGAAGAAGGAGGUAAUGACCAAGUGAACAGCUAUGUGAAAGCAAGAAUUAAUCAAUGCGACAACUUCUACAAACAUGUGUGCCAUGAUGAAAACAAAUCCCACAGGAGUGCACCGGCAUAUCUUAAAACGUUGCUCUACCAAAAACUGACAGGAAUACUAGAAGAGGAGCAUAGCAAUGUACAAAAGCAAGACACGGGAAGUGGCACCGAUGAGGAGCACAUAAACAUUGAAAUAAUGGCCAAGAAGCUGUACAGCGUAUGUGUACAAGAUCAGCACAAGAACUCCGAAGAGAAAGUACGAGAAUCACUUAAAGAGAUGCUGCGAUCGGCUGGCAUAGAUGAGUGGCCUUUGACACAUGAAUCACACCAGCUGUACGAGGAGGUGUUGGAAAAGACAGGGCUUAGACCUGUGGCAACAAUAGCACCAGUUCCUCAUCCGAAGAGCCCGCGGUACAUAUUAGCAGUGAACGCACCUCUUCCUCGGUUCGCAGCGUAUCCGGACACAAUGAUGAAAAUCAGCAGUCGUCGCCAAAUGCACAACGCAUACAAGGACCUGAUCCGCGUGGUGCUAAACUUGUUAUGUGAAACGCGAAAGGACAAAUUCGGGCCAAAAACCAGUUCUCAUGACGAUGCGAACGAUUACUCUAGCACUUACGAGGAGCACGGUAGCGUUGUUGAAGAAUCGCAAAGUGGAGCUGAGAAAGAGGAUGCGAUUGAACAAAUCAUAUCUGACAUAAUUGAUGUGGAAGUAAACAUUGCGCAAAUGAUUGUAAAUGGUCGUGUAAACGAUUACUACCAGACAGACACGGUGCAAAACUGGCAAAAGAUAUUUGGAAGAUUUCCUUUUUAUGCAGGACUGACAAUGGAUGUCACAAGAGCCAGGAGAACUCUGGCGAAUAACUACGAAGUAGGCGUACACCUUUUAGACUAUUUCAAAAAGUUGGCUAAAUAUCUCGAGACCCUGGAAGUGAGGAAGCUGGUAAACUACGCUGGCUGGUACUUUGCUCGAGAGGUCGCGGACGUAAUGACUUUGGAGGUCCGGGAUUAUCUUAACCGAUUUCUUCGUACAGUACCCAAACCUGGCAUUCAAAUGGUUCUGAACCAGCAUCACUGCAUUGACAAGCUCAUUGGGUAUCACGGUGUCAUGGAAGCGGGUGUCGCCCAUUUGUACCUAUUGCGCUACUUCAGUCAAACAGCCAUCGACGAAGCGUCUGAAGUAGCACGUCACCUCAAUUCAUCAUUCUACAGUUUUGUCGGCAUGAAUUCAUGGAUGGAUGACGAGACACACGAGAAGUCGCUGCAAUGGAUGAGUGAACUGCAGUACAAAAUGGGUGCCCCAUUUCAACUGCUUCAUAAAGCGACUAUUCAGCAACAGUACGAUCUCGUCAAGUUACCAACGCAAGAGAGUCUUUUGGGGUAUAUAUACGCCUAUCGGGACAACAAUUUUCUGCAGACGUUGAGAAAGAAUCGGGAGGAGUAUGAUAGAAAAGAUGUAUGGUCGGUGUCAACAUUAGCUACUGAUGGGAGGUACUCGGAAUUCUACACUUCUUUAGGUAUGCCUGCCGGUGCGCUUCAAGAACCUGUAUUCAGGUACAAUUCGUCAAGCGCCGAUAUCUUUGGGUCAAUGGGAACAUUGACAGCGGAAAAGUUAGCUGACGCAUUAGUGACAGAAGGGCGAAUGUGGCUUGAACGACAAGGAAACUACAAGUGGACGAGAAACACAAAAACAAGCUUCAGAGAACGUCUGGCUUGCUUCAGAAGGAAAAACAGUCCGUCAAAGAAACCUCGAAAGAAACCAAAAGCACACCCUCAGGAGAUCUUCGAACGCAGUGGUGAUUAUGGCACUUUAAGCUUGAAAUUGUUUGACCACAUUGGCUUACGGACGUCAUACAAUGCGUUCAUCGGAAUGAUUUCGGAGAGAGAAGAAAGUAACAGAGAGUUUCAACGUGAAAACUUGCAAAAGCUGCUGCAGGAUUUCUUCACGUCAUUUGCUAAGCGCCACUGUGGACCUGAUUGGGACGAUGAAACGGAAUAUCGGAUGACCGAACGGGGAGCGUCAGCUGAUGGAAGUACAGCCUGUGGCGAAGCUCGCUGUACCGUGUCCAGUACGGUAACCUGCUGGCCCUGCAGUAAGUGGCAGCAGCUGCCUCGUGCUGAGGUUGUAGUAUGCCUUCUGAUGCUGGCGGAUAUCCUGAAGUCAGUUGUGCCAAGUGGGCGAAGUGUGAACCUGCUGACCGACUUUUGGACUGCGAUAAGAACUGUUAAUGGGGGAAGGGGGGUUCAUCCCUCUUUUGGUAACUUUGCCUUGUUCGUCCUCCAGUUUCACCUGGACGGGUUUUGCGCAUGCUCAGAGGGUGGUGGAAACUCGCACGCGGCCUGGAGUGCUAUCCGGGAAACGACGGGAUUGCUCAAUAAUUGUGCGAUAAAGAAUUGCGCGUUGAACGUGUUGGCUUCCAUUUCUUUCGUGACUAAACAGCUGCGAAGGAGGCGCUGCUCUGGGAUCCGCUCUAGCGUAGUGUCAUUUCCCACUCGACAUGUGUUGGAUGAUCGCUGUUGA